AUGUGGAUUUUCCUGCUUUGGAUCCUUUUCCUGCUUUGGAUCAUUUUCCCAGGUGGCUGGGCAGUGACAGGCCCAACGCAGGUGAUGGUGAACCAGGGCAGCUCACUGGCCGUGUCCUGCAGCUAUGAGCCAGGCUAUGAGCUCUACUCCAAGUUCUGGUGCCAGAGGGGCUUCCUCGGCCUUUGCACCUGCAUCAUCCAAACCGAUGGCUCGGAGGUGACAGUGACACAGGACAGGGUGUCCAUCAAGGAUAACCAUGCAUCACACUCAUUCACAGUGACUCUGGACCGUGUCAUGCUGGAGGAUGCAGGCUGGUACUCCUGCGGGGUGAAAAGGAAGAUGCGGUUCAGCCUGAAGCACAGCACCAAGGUGAUGGUCUCCAAAGGUAAAGCCAGGCUAGGAGCUAAGCAGGGGUGUGUGAUGGAGCUCAUCACUUGGGAGAGGGGAUCCCAGCGGGGGGGAUCAUGGGGGUUGUCAAAGUGGGAACAAUGCCCAGUGCAUUGCCUGGAGACCCCCAUCUCCUGCACCUCUGUGGCUGCAGUCUCAGGGCAGAGGCCCUGGGGUGCAGGGGAUCUCCGCUUUGCUCUCUCUUUCACAUCUGUUUCAUCCACAGCCGAAGGCAAUGAUGGGAGCCCGCUGGUCACCAUGGCCUUUGGGGACCCUCCAGUGCUGUCCCAGCUCAGCAUCACCUACCUGCUGCUCAUCCUCUGCGUGAAGGUGCCCAUGGCACUGCUCAUGGUGUGUGUGGCUGUCUGGGUAAGGAGCCAAUGCAGGAACCGUGGCCAGGAAAUCCUGCAGCUCUGAGGCAGCCGAUAACAGGGCACUGGGAUGCCCAAAACCACCCCAGCCACAGAGCCCCCCUCCUGCCCCUUUACCCACCACUGUGCUGGGGUUGUGCUGCCCAUCACGGCCACCCUGCACCAGGAUGUGCUCGGCUCCAUGGACUUCUCCCCCUGUGAAGCUUUGGCCCCUCCUGGCAGUCCCUGCACUGGAAAAGGGAAGGUUUGGGGCACAAAGAGCCUGAGUCUGCUGAGCUGGA